AUGGUGGCAAUGGCUGCCAAUUCAGGAGAGGAGAAUCGGGGGAAGGAAGACAAGAAAAACAAGCGCAUUCAUCCUACCAUGAGAGCCAAAAAGCAGAGCUUCAGGAAAAGAAAAGACUGUGUUCUGAAGAAAAGUAUGGAACUCUCUGUUCUUUGUGAUAUCAAGGUUUGUGCUAUUGUCAUUGAUGCAAACGGGAAGGUUGAAACUUGGCCAGAAAACAAAGAUGAUCUGAUGAAAAUUGCUAAGUUGUACAAGGAUUCUCUUGAUAGGAAAGAUGGCUGUGAUAAGAAGAGGGCUGUUGAAAUUGAAUGCGGGCAGGAGGCUACCUCAGAAGCUGCUGAUCAGCAUCAGAUCACUUUGCAUCCGCAGCAUGAAUGGGAAGACACUGAAAGUUGGAUUGAGGGAUUAUUAGGACCAUCAGAGAACGGAUUCUUGAGUGACAUAAAUGUUCCUAUGAACGAUGAUAUCAUAUGCCUGCCUGCUGCCCUGUAUCAGGAUUCUUGUGAUGGAAAAGAUGGGAAGGAGGCUAACUCAGAAGUUGCCGGUCGUCAGCUUAUUUCGCAUUCCCAGCACGAACCAGAAGAAAUUGAUAGUUCCAUCGAGGGAUCAUCAGCGGACGAAUUCUUGAGUGACAUCAAUGACCCAAUGAAUGAUAACAUGCCUGCCUGCUGCACUGGUUGCGCGUGA